GUGCUUAGAAGAAACCUUCAGAGGGGAUUUGUGCUCUCAGCAGGGUCCUUUUUGGUGUAUGAAGCUCACAGGCUGAUUUCUGGCUUUGCUGAGGUUCAUGCGAGCUUCAAAGUGGAAGACAUUAUAGAGCAAGCAGACUACCUGUACGGGAGCGGAGAAACUGAAAAGCUGCAUCGGUUGCUGGUUCAGCAUAAGAAUAGUGACGACGCAGAGCUGUUGUGGCGGCUGGCGCGGGCAUCUCGAGAUGUAGCUCAGCUUAGCAGUACUUCGGCAGCGGAGAAAAGACGACUGGCAUAUGAAGCCCUCGAGUGUGCAAAAAUGGCUCUUGAAAAAAACGAAGCCAGUUUUGCAGCGCACAAGUGGUAUGGAAUUUGCCUCAGUGAUGUUGGAGAUUUUGAGGGAAUUAAGACUAAAAUUGGAAAUGCUGUUGUUAUCAAAGAGCACUUCCAGAGAGCCGUUGAACUGAAUCCAAAGGAUGCUACAACAAUUCAUCUCAUAGGCAUUUGGUGUUACUCCUUUGCUGAAAUGCCCUGGUACCAAAGAAAAAUAGCUGCAACGCUAUUUGCCACACCACCAACCUCCACGUUUCAAGAGGCCCUUCGUUACUUCCACAUGGCAGAGGAAGCUGACCCAAAUUUCUACAGCAAAAACUUACUGUAUUUGGGGAAGACAUACUUGAAGUUGAACAAUAAGAAGAUGGCUCUUCUGUGGUUAAGCAAAGCCAAGGAUUAUCCUGCACAUACAGAAGAGGACAAACAGGUACAGAAAGAAGCUUUGGAAUUGCUUAAUUCUAUAUAACAAGAAACAAGACAACGGGAAUUCAGUGCCUCAGGUUUGAGCGGCAUAGGAAAAAGACCCCAAAUACUACUUUGGUGUAUCAAAGCCCUUAAUAAAACUACAGCCUAAACCUGCUCACUCCAUCUCUUUUCAGUGGAACUGUCAACAGCAGGAGGUGUU